AUUAUGUUGUGUUGAUCAACGACAUUGAUGUUAACAUAUGUUAAGCAUUAACAUUAACAUUUAAUUUGUUGUUGGAAUUUGAGCGGUUCGGUCGCGUCGGUUUGUUGCGGAUAAAAAUAUGUUGACGCUUGUAUAUUAUUGUUGCAAACAUUAAACACACGCGUCAAACACUCGCCCCCUUAACUAGUAUUAGGUACAUAACAAAAGUUGCUUGUGCCAAAAAAAAAAAGAAAAGAACGAAAAGCAAAGAAAAAGAUGCAACAGGUCGCUGCCCGUUUUGCGUCUGCGUUUGUGUCUCUCGAAAAGGGCAGGCAGGAAAAUUCAAGCCAAUAAAAGAUACAUACAGAAAGCCGAAGUGUGCGAAAAUAGUUUUUGCCCGUGUCUACGUGUGUGUGUUUGUGUGGUGUACGCGAGGGUAUUUUGUGUUGUGUUGCAAUAAACAAACAAAACUUUAAUGUUAUUGCCUUCAAAUUGUGUGAAAAUUUGCUGUUAUUUAAACAAUUAGUCGCGGAUACGCGCCGCGUUUCGUUUGCAUUGGAAUGCGGCAGCAGCAGCGACGCGCAUGCGUCUGCAAAUAUUUGUUGUUCUCGUUGCAGUCGCGACCGUAGAACUGCGCAAUUUUACACGCUAAUUGCGGCAUCUCCAUCUCCUUGCAGCCGCAACUGUGUGUGUGUGCGUGUGUGUGGCUGUGGACUCUCUCAACGUCUCCUGCAGACUAGUCUGAUAAAAGCUUCACACCAAAAAGCUUGCUCUCGUAACUGCACAACCAACACGCAAAGAGUAACAUAAGAAGGAACAAACUUAAAAUGAAGGUCGUAGACCCAACACUAAUUUAAACAAACAACAGAAACAACACACAACAAAAAUAUUAAGUGCAAACAAGGAACCAACAUUAAAAUGUCCGGCAAUCAACAGCAGCAGCAGCAGCAACUACAACAACAGCAACAGCAACUACAACAACUGAAAAGCCAACAACAGCAAAAGACAACAACAGCAACAACAACCAACACUUUGGGCAACAAUUUGAUAAAUAUUAAUAGUGUUGACAAAAUUGUGCAUAAAACGACAGCAGCUGCAAUUAGCAAGCAGCAGCAACAACAACAACAGCAACACCACCAGCAAUUUCAGCCAAGACGAUCAUUGCUACCAGCAACAACAGCAACAACAGCAACGACGUCAGCGCAGCAAAGCGUAACGCCAACGCCAGCGCCAACAGCAGCAGCGCAGUCGCCAGCGCAGUCGUCGCAUCAGCUGCAAACUGUGGCCACAAUACAUCAGCAACACUCAUCGCAACAGCAACAUACACACGCAACAGCAUCGCGUCUGCCCAUACAACAGCAACAACAACAGCAGCAGCAACAACAACAACAACAACAGCUCAGUAACAAUUCUAAGGAGUUGCAAUCCCACUCACAGCUGCCGCCCACACGACGAAGCUUCUAUCAAUUGCAACAGCAACAACAACACCAGCAACAACAACAACAACACAGCACGCUCAAGGCACAUCUUAAAGCGCCCGCACACUCGAUUCCCCCUCGUUAUCAACCACCGCCGCAGCCGGGACCAGGCGGUGGCAUUUUGAAGCCCCACUUGCCGCUUAAAUAUCCACCGGAUAUACCACAAUUAACCAGCAUCUAUAUACCCGAUUCUGUUAAGCAACAACAGCGACAGCAGCAACAUUCACGCUAUCUGCAACAGCCGCCGCAACAACAACAGCAACAGCAGCAACAACAACAGCAAUCCGGUAAAGCACAACAGGAUAUGCUCAAGUUUGUGCGCAAACCGGAACAGGAACAUCCGUCGCCCGUUGCAUCGGUCACUUCCAGUGUGACCAACAACAACAACAACAACAAUACGGGUAUUCCAACAGCCAAUGGCGGACGUUUAACAGUCGAACAGAAUCGACAAUUGCAGUCCCUGGUCAAUGAGCUCCGCGCGCUGAAGGAACAAAAUCAGCGUCUGCUGGAUGACAAUCAGGAAUUGCGGGAUUUGUGCUGCUUUCUGGACGAUGAUCGUCAAAAGGGUCGCAAGCUGGCACGAGAAUGGCAGCGCUUUGGACGAUACACGGCCAGUGUAAUGCGACAGGAGGUGGCAGCAUAUCAGAACAAAUUGCGUCAGCUGGAUGACAAGCAGCAGGAGCUGAUCACGGACAAUUUGGAGCUUAAGGAGCUAUGCUUGUACUUGGACGAGGAGCGCGCCCAUGUGGCAGCCAACGCGCUGUGCGCCAGCUGUGGGGCAGCGACGCGUAACGCGCUGCGAGAUGAUGGAGACGGCUCGAGUUCAAGCACGAACGCGGACGAGACAAUCACGGCGCUGCGCAACUAUGCGGAACAACGGCAAUUGCCGGAUCUACGCAACGCCCACAGUCUCAAUGAUCAGACAUUGCAAUAUGUGCGCUCGCUGGAGCGACGCAUACAGCAGCUGGAAGAGGAACGAACCACGCCCACGGCCAAUCUGCAGCAGCAGCAACAUCAGCAGCAGCAACAACAGCAACAGCAGCAGGCACAACCAGCAACAACAACAACUACAGCAGCAACAACAGCAGCCGCAUCACCAGCCAAAUUAGCACCCUCGCCACAUCCACACCCACACCCUCAUCCACAUCCACAUCCGCACACACACACACACACACAGCAGGACAUCAGUCAGGCAGUUGCCGCCGCUGCGGCUGCAGCUGCUGCCGCUGCUGUUGCACUGCCGGAACCCAUUGCGGGACGUCCAGAGGCUGUGGUGCGAGCCCUGCAAGUGCUGGAGGUGCGGGAGCAGCUGGAACGGGAUCGUCUGGGAAAUCUGGCGGGCAGUGCUCUCGACCAGAUGGAUGACGGCGAGAAGGCGCUGGUGCGGGAGAUGUGCAACGUCGUCUGGCGCAAGCUGGAGGGCAGUCCACAUGGACCCACAGCCCUGGAGCCGCUCUAAGCAUUUAAACCCCCCAAAACACACAGAUACAACAACUAAAACUUGGCUAACACACAUACACACACACCUACAUACAUACUAAACACAAAUUGUACAAAGUUGAAACCUAUGACCUAAGCUUAAGCGCUUUAUUUAAAAACGAAAAACAAAAGAAAUACUCAAAAUACCUAUUUUUUUGUAAUCCUCGACUGUUAAUUUUUUUUAUAUAAUACAUAUUUUGAAUGCACCCAAAUGUUAACUAACAUUAACAUAGCCGCAUUCAGCAGCUAUUUACGAGUAUACUACGAGCUGUCCUCAAAAAAAUACAAUGCAAAAACAAAUAUUAUCAUAA